CGGACAUUUCGAAGAGGCUAGAAGAAUAGCGUUUAUUUGUACGUCGCACAUCCAUCCGUUUCCCACAAGUGCCAUGAACGAUUUUGGAAAAUUGCAACUGAAUUUUAUCCGGUCGACGGCACCUGCGGAACUGACAGCCAUUGCCAAUAAAUCGGUUGUUAGAAAAUGCUGCGACCGAAACCAAGUUUAUUCGCAAAAUAAAGAGGAAAAAUGGUGCACUGAAACUAGAGGAGCUUCAACACAAUUCUUCGAUGAUCUUCAGUUCUCAAAGAGCGACGAGCUAUUCUUCCGGUUCGGAUUACCCAUUUGCUCCGACCCAUUUCUCUACCGACGACAAACAAGCGAUUUUGUAUUAAACUCGAACGGCAGUUUGGAAAUUUAUUCCGGUAGCAAUUUAGUUUCUAUUGAAAAUUAUUGCAUAGAGGACAUUGUCUACAAGGAUUCCGUUGGUUUACCCGUCACAUCCAAUCUCGCAAUUUUCUGCUCCGAUCAAGAAAUGGAGUUACCCAAAGAAGAAGAAGUUGCACCAGCAGAGAAGCCAACCAUUAGCGAAACCGCAUCUGAGAUGGUUGUUCGCAACGAGUCGAGUAUUAAAGUGAAUAUGCCCAAGUGUUGUCCAUCUGGAUCUGUGAUGGACGAGCGAGAUAACUCCUGUCAGCCACUGAGAUUAGAAGAAUACUCAGAUGCUGACACCAUUAUCUCACGAGCGCUGAACAGCCACAUUCAGAAGAAUAACAACAUUUCCAUCACCUUAAUGGCAAACACGUCGAUUUCUUGUCAAUUCAUCGAAAACAUUCCUUUGCAAUCAGAGCAUCACAAAGUUUUGUUUGAAUCCGUCGGCGUAGAAAAUAACAGUCUGUCACUUUUAACGCAUUUUUAUUUUGAGAAUAAUUGGGAUUUUAAAGUGAAGCACCGGCCUUUUUGCGUGGACUUGGCACUUCUUCGAAAUGAGAGAGAAGUUUUCUAUCAGCCCAGAGCUUUUUACUGCACAUCAAAAUCUCAUCGUGUUUCAAUCCACUACCCGGUUCUUCUGCUGAUCUCGGCCGCCGGUUUAUUAGCCACAUUUAUUAUUUAUUUUAUUGUUCCAGCCUCCGGAUCGGCGAAAUUAGUUACAUCAGGAUUUGGAGGAGGAAGUAGGAAAAGGUCCAGAGUUACAACGAUGGCGAUGAUGUUGACUGGUCGAAUUUUAUUAUGCCACAUCAUUACCUUAUGUCUGUCGUUCAUGUCGCUGUCGAUUGUUCAACUAGAACUAGUAUCGCAAGGCCAAACUUCAUGUAUAGCGAUGGGCUAUAUUAUUUAUUUCUCAUCGGUUGCGUCGUUUUCCUGGUUGACGGUGUACUGUUUCGAUUACUAUCUUCGUAUCUACAGUGGAUCAUUCAAAGUUUCCAACGAAAUGCUAUUCAUUCUGUAUUCGGCUUUCGGUUGGGGUUUUCCUGUCUUGUCAAUGAUUGCUGCUUUGGUCACUCAAUUCCAGUCUUCCCAAAUUGGAAUCUCGGAAAUUUUCAAUCCCAACAUGGGUCUCUUGAAUUGCUGGUUUGCUGACGGCACUUCCGCACUGGUUUUCUUUUACGCACCCGUCGGGUCCUUGCUGCUAUUCAACAUUGCUUGUUUUCUAACUUUACUGUUCAAUCCAAGUGUAAUGCAUUGCUGGAGAGGAAAACAGGGAAUGACAAUGCGCACCAAUCGAAACGCAUCGAAAGAUUCGCAAGAGCAGCAAGAUUUCAAAAUGGCGCUGAAACUUUUUUUCAUCACCGGAAUUCCUUGGGUGUUUGAAAUCGCUGCGUGGCUUCCUAUCUAUUUGAAUGAUGACUCGUUGUUACGAACCAACUUCGUCUAUGUUUUCGAAAUCACCAAUUUACUUAACUCGUUGCGUGGCGUCAUCAUUUUCACCAUUUUCAUUGUUUUGAAUCGAGACGUCCGUCGUUUCUUGUGGCCUCGUCUCAAGAGGAUUUUUAUCCGAGAGGAUUCAAAUACCGUACUCCGGAAUCGAUCCAAUAUCGAAGACCAGUCGUCCUUCUCGACACAAUUGAGGAUGACGAGUUCCACUUCCAAUUCAUUCAGCAAGUCAGAGGGAAGAAAUGAUUCGAAUUCUCCAGUGUAAAUAAAAUGAAGUUAAGAAUUUCUUAUAUUUUAUAAAAAUAUAUACUGUGUAUAGACUUACGAUCGCUCAUGAGAUUACAAUCUACAAAAUUCAAACUGUAUUAGUGUAGUGCAUUUUUAGAUUUAAUUUUAAUUAUAAGCUUUCAAAUUCUACAUUGAAUUAUUGUGAAAUACCAAUACUGUAUUUGUUAUCCGAGAAAAAAAAUGUUUUAACUGUUUUUUACCUGUCCGUUUUCGCAGUUUCUCCCCAAUGCUUUACGCCCGAACGUCUCCGUAUUUGGGUUAUAGUGUAGUACGGUGUGUUACUAGCCAUACCAUUCCUACGUAUGAACAAGUAGGGAA